AAGUACGAACAACGAACACACGAAGAAUAGUCACGAAUCAAGGGAGAACAGUCGAACGGUCCAUUAUACUGUACCGAAAGACCACGGAAUCGAAAUCGACUCGAAAUUCGAAUCCCAUCAAUCAGCCAGAACUUGCGGUAUUGGUUCUUAAGGGAAAGUCAUUUGUGAUCUAGAGGUCUACUGCUAUCAUCAUGUCCAAGGCUCAAUUCCUUCGAGAAUACAAGCUCGUCGUAGUAGGCGGUGGAGGUGUAGGAAAGUCUGCGUUGACGAUCCAGUUUAUCCAGGGACAUUUCGUGGAUGAGUACGACCCAACUAUCGAGGAUUCUUACCGUAAACAGUGUUUCAUCGAUGACGAGGUCGCACUGCUCGACGUCCUGGAUACGGCCGGUCAGGAAGAAUACGGCGCGAUGAGGGAACAAUAUAUGAGGACCGGGGAAGGGUUCUUGCUCGUCUAUAGUAUCACGUCGAGACCGUCGUUUGACGAGAUUAGCGUUUUCCACCAACAGAUCUUGCGGGUCAAGGACAAGGAUUAUUUCCCGGUCGUCGUGAUCGCCAACAAGAUCGAUUUGGAUAAUGAACGACAGGUACACCGGGAAGAGGGCCAACAACUCGCACGAUCAUUUGGGUCGACGCAGAUGGAAACGUCUGCCAAGGCAAGGAUCAACGUGGAUGAGAGUUUCCAUGAGCUCGUUCGAGCGAUCCGAAAGUUUAACAAGGAGUCCUACCCGACUCAAGCUGCCGCUGCAGGUGGCGCAACCGGACCGAUUGGCAACGGCAUCGGAAACACCCCAGCCCGAAACAAGCGAGGCGGAACGGACGACACGCAUUCGGACGGGUGCAAAUGCGUGAUCGUCUAGCGAGGUCACUACAGCCAGGCUACAUUUCCCUCCCUUCUUUUCUUCCUUUUUGGGUGCCCACUUGGUGUCACAAUGCGGCAGACUUUUCUCGGUUGUUUCUUCUCUUACACCGUCCGUCGA